AUGAAAUUAAUAUUUUUUUUUAUUUUAAAUAUUUUAAGCUAUAAAUUAUUUGUAACAAGUACAUCAUUAUUAGGUAUAGAUUUUGGUAAUGAGUUUAUAAAAGUUUCCAUUGUAUCACCUGGUAAAGGUUUUAAUAUAUUAAUAAAUAAUCAAAGUAAAAGAAAAAUAAAUAACGUAAUAUCUUUUGCCAGUAAAUUUCGAUCAUAUGAUGCAGAUGCGAAUAUAUAUAGCACAAAAUAUCCUCACUUAACUUUAAUAAAUAGUAAUAGCUUUUUAGGGUUUAACUUAUUUGAUAAAUUAAAAAACAAAGAAAAUUUUAAUAUUGAGAAUUAUGAUGAAAAUGAUGAAUUUUUUAAUGAUAUAAAUAACUAUGAUUUUAAUAAUGACAUUGCAUCAAAAUAUUACGGUUAUGAUUAUAAUGUAGAUCAUAGAAGGGGUACAAUUAAUAUAAAAUUAAAAAAUGAAAUGAUAUUAUCUUCUGAAGAAAUAACAGCAAAUAUAUUAAAUUAUAUAAAAAAAUUAGCACUUACUCAUUUAAAUAUUGAUUAUAAAUAUAAUAAAAAUCUUAAUGUAAAUAUUGGUUGUGUUAUUUCAGUACCCUGUAAUUAUUCUCAAAGAAAAAAACAGGCAUUAUUAAAUGCAACCAAAAUAGCAGGUUUAGAAUUAUUAGGAAUUAUUAAUGGGGUUACUGCUGCAGCUAUCCAUAAUGUACAUGACCUACCAUUAAAUACAACAAAAUUAACUAUGUAUUUAGAUAUAGGUAGUAAAAAUAUUAAUGUGGGAAUUGCUACUAUUAGUAAUGUAGAAAAAGAUAAGGUUCAUUCAAGAAGUGUAAGAGUUUAUGCAUGUGAGUCAUUAGAAAAUAGUUCUGGAAAUAAAAUAGACAUAAUUUUGGCAGAAUAUUUAAGAAAAAAGUUUGAAGAAAAACAUAAUGUUUCUAUUGUGAAUGAUAAAAAAGCAAUGAGAAAAUUACUUAUUGCUGCAAAUAAAGCAAAAUUGAUAUUAAGUGCAAAAAAAUCAGCUGAUGUUUUUAUAGAAAGUUUAUAUAAUAAUAAAAGUUUAUCAGAAAAUAUAAUAAGACAACAAUUUGAAGAAUUAAUUGCACAAAUUAUUGAUGAUAUUAAAAUUCCAAUUAAUAAUGCUCUCAAAAAAGCUUCUUUUGAAAUUAAAGAUAUUGAAGCUCUAGAAUUAAUUGGAUCAGCAUGGAGAGUACCAAAAAUUCUAAAUGAAAUAACUAAUUUUUUUCAUCCAUUAAAAGUUGGUAUGCAUUUAAACAGUGAUGAAGCUAUUACUAUGGGAUCUUUGUUUAUUGCUGCUUACAAUAGUCAUAAUUUUCGUUUAAAAAAUUUGGAAUAUUCUGAUAUAAUUUCAAAUGAUUAUCAGAUUUUAGUUAGUUAUGAUGAUCCUACUAACGAAGAAAAAAAUAUCUCUCCAAAAGAAUUAAUUAAUUAUAACUCUAAAUAUCCAGUUAAUAAAAGUGUUAUUUUGAAAUAUAAAGAUAAUUUAAAAUUUUCAGUAUAUGAAAAUGGAAAAAUGAUUAACCAAUACUCUAUAGUAAAUUUAGAUGAAACUACUAAAAAAAAAUAUGAACAUUUAGACGCACCCAAAAUAAAUUUAAAAUUUCGACUUGAUAAAUUUGGUAUUUUAAAUUUAGAAAAAAUUGCGGUUAUUUAUGAAGAAGAAAGGGAAAUUGUAGAAGUUAAAAAAGAGAAAAAUUCAGAAAAUAAAGAAGAAUCAAAAGAUGAUUCAAAAGAUGAAUCAAAAGAAGAAUCAAAAGAAGAAUCAAAAGAAGAAUCAAAAGAAGAAUCAAAAGAUGAAUCAAAAGAAGAAUCAAAAGAUGAGUCAAAAGAUGAAUCAAAAGAAGAAUCAAAAGAUGAACCAAAAGAAGAAUCAAAAGAUGAAUCAAAAGAUGAAUCAAAAGAUGAAUCAAAAGAUGAAUCAAAAGAAGAAUCAAAAGAUGAGUCAAAAGAAGAAUCAAAAGAUGAGUCAAAAGAUGAAUCAAAAGAAGAAACAAAAGAAUCGAAAGAAGAAACAAAAGAAGAAACAAUAGAAGAAAAAAAAGAAGGAAAUGAAAAUAUAAAAAAAAAGACUGAAAUUAUAAAACAUAAAAUUCAUCUAACAUACGAAUCUAGAGAUAUAAAACCUUUGCCUUUAACUAAUGAAGAAAUAAAAAAUAAAAAGGAACUUUUAAAAAAUUUGGAUGAUCAUGAUAUUAAUAUUUUUCUUAAAUCAGAAGCAAAAAAUAACUUAGAAUCCUUUAUAUAUGAAACAAGAAGUAAAAUGAAACAAGAUAUAUUUAAGCAGGUUUCAAAAGAAGAAACAAGAAAUAAUUACUUAAAUAAAUUAGAGGAAUAUGAAGAAUGGUUAUACACAGAAAAUGAUGAAUCAUUGGAAUCUGUAAAUAUGAAGAUAAAAGAAUUAGAAGAUAUUUAUAUGCCAAUUAAAGAAAGAGCCUAUGAAUUAGAAGUGAGAGAUAAACUUAUUGAGAAAACUAAUUUAGAUAUAAAAGAAAUGAAAGAAAAAAUUAAAGAUAUGUCUGAAAAAAAACCAUGGGCAAUGGAUACAAUUAAAAUGGUUAAUGAUUCAUUGGAAAAAGAAAUAUUAUGGUGGAAGAAUGCUCAAGAAGAGCAGAAAAAAUUAGACAACUAUUCAUCUCCAUUCUUUAAAUCUAGUGAAGUAGAAUUAAAGUUUAAAUCAAUUGGUUCUUUAAUAAAAACUUUAGAAAAGUUGAAAAAACCUGUAGAGAAAAAAGAAACAAAGGAAAAUAACAAAGAUUCGGAUGAAAAAAAAGAAGAAAAUUCAGAAAAAGAAAGAAAUCCAAAAAAAGAAAAUAAUGAAGAAAAAGAAAAAAGCUCAAGUAAAAAUAACAUAGAAGAAACGUCAGAUGAUAUAGGAGAUAAUUAUAAAAAUACAAAUGAAUCAGAAAUUAAUGUUGAAAAAGAAAAUAAUAUAAAUGAAACAAAUAGUAAUUCACAAGAGAACAAAAACGAUACUUCUGAACAAAAAGAUGAGCUAUAA